UUGUACAAGUCAGUGAAGGCAUCAGUAGUAUUGACUUCCCAUAAUGCAUUGGGGUUCAGUUGAAUUCAUGUACAGUUUAUGGUCGAAUUGUGACAAGUGGGCGACUCAGAGAUUGUUUUCUUUUUGUUCUCCCUUUUUUUUAGUCGUCCUCACGUUUUUUAUUUUAUUUUUGCGCAGUCAUGGAGAGUGAUUGCACGCAGUUACGCGUCAAUGAGGAGCUUACAGACAACUGGGCUUAGCUUUUGCUCGAUAAUGGCAGCUUAGCCAGUUUGUUUCGUGUGCCAUGUGUGGAAUGUGGAAGUAAGCCUCAGGGGGUGCCAUGCUUGCCACACAGAUGCCAGACUCACCACCAGAGGUUGAGGAUGUCAAACAGAUUAAGGAGAAGUUGGCUCAGUCACUCAAGGCCCUGCAGAAAAAAUAUGUGACAUCAGAUGAAGUGGUCACCAGCGAAGAUGGAGACGCCAACCUCCUCUGCUGUGCCUUGGAGGCCAUUUUCAUCCAUGGGAUCAAGAGCAAGUUCAUCCGCUCCGAGGCUGGGACCUGGGGUAGAAAGGGGGACCGAGGACCCCUCCCUCAGCCUUUUUUUUGGAGCCUCCUUAAAUCAGUCACCCACAGUGUCUCUGCUUUCUGUUACACCUGCAGUGAUGUGAUCACAGAGCUGGAGAAGAUCAACUUUGUGAGCACGGAUGUGGGUCGCUGUCGAGCGUGGCUGCGUCUGGCUCUAAACCACGGCCUGGUGGAGUGCUACCUCGCAUCCCUGUUCCGAGAGGACUCCAUGCUGCGGGCUUACUAUCAGCCCAGUGCCUUUCUCCUGAACUCAGAAGAACGAGAAGUCCUCCUCAGCUACCUCCAGGGUCUGGCCUCGCUCACGUUCAACCUGUCGUACAAAUCGGCAGUCCUCAACGAGUGGACCACCACUCCUCUAGCUCUUGCUGGGCUUUGCCCCAUGUCCAAGCUGGACACUUUUGGCCUGCUUCUCAACGGCGACUACCAGACUAAGUCCGUGCGUAAAGAGUCUUGGGAUACAGUGUCUCAGUCUUCUGGUUCUUCGGAUUGUCAAGCACUGCCGGCGAAAGGGUCGGGCGUGUUACCAGCGCUUAACUCGUCAAAUUUAAGCCUCGACACCACUGGAUCCUCACAGCUCUCCUCCAGCCUGAGCUCUGACAGCCUCCUGCAGGGACAGGUCUCCCGCAGCCUAACAGCAGAACAGUGGUCUUCAGGGGACCUGGAUCCACCUAUUCACGUCAGCACAAAGAAGUCAAGCAAAGAUUUUCCGUCUGGAAACAGGGAGAGCCGCAACUGCAGUCAGGACUCCAUGCGCGAGGACUCGUUUGUCUCCAGCGCAGGAGUCGAUCCCUUCUCAGAAAACGCCACCUUUAGUGGCUCCGAUAGCGAGAUCCAAGGCCCUGCUGAGUCAGACCAUCAUCCUACAGAUCAACCCCCAAGUUAUACCUCAGAGCCAGAACCAGCAUCCUUGGAUUUGCCCUCCUGUGAAGAGCAACCGGACGAGCACCAGAUUUGCAACGGUGCUGAUUCUGUAGCACACUUAUGUCCACCUGUGGUUUCCACACUCCAUGAGCCUGAGCUGUUUGAAAAGGAUGUGAAAAGUGAAGGAGAGAACAGCGAGCCAGUCCAGGACGUGACGCAGAGCAAUAUCUCAGAGGAGAGCAGCACCAAAACUGAAGAGCAUCAAAGUUCUCUGCGCUCCAGUAGCAUCACCAGCAGGAAACUCUCCUCAGAGUCGCUUCCACAUUCAGAUUCUUGGAUUUCUGCAGAUGACAUCUUUAAGCCUCAUUUAGAAAAGAUAGUGGACGAUGACGAGGCGCCCCCUGCAGCGGAGCUCAAGACGUCUCAGUCUCCUCCCAGUGUUGUGCACCGGAGACAGAUAGGACUAUCGAACCCUUUCCGUGGCUUGCUGAAACUCGGCCACCUGGAUCGCAAAGGCGCGAUGGGAAUGUGGCGCGACUACUACUGCGAGCUGUCGCCCUUCGAGUUCCGUCUGUACGUCAAUGCGGAGGAGCGCACGUGCUGCGAGAACUGCUCCCUCCUGCGGUGCGAAGACGCUCGCAUCACCUCCUCGGAGGGCCGCUUCGAGCUAGCUUUUCCCGGGAAAAGACUUUACCUCCGAGCCGCGAACCACGACGAAGCCGAGGACUGGGUGGACCGGAUAGUGGAAGCAGUCAACAAAUGUCGCCCCGCAGCGCCUGUUGAUGAGCAGUGGGAGGUGCUGCGCCCCAUCAGUGAGAACGGCUUGGAUGAAUGCAGCGUCAUGUCUCCGUCUUCUGCCCCCGGCAGCCCCGAGAGACUGUCUGCCUUUGACAGAAACGGACUGAAGGCCGGCGUUUCUCCACAGGAAUUCAACUGGACGCAGACGGUUGAAUUGGAGUUAGACGCCCUAAAAGAAGCCGUCUUGUACUUCUCCACAGAAGCAGAGCCCCGCGUGUGGACACCCAUGGUCUUCUCCCUCUCUUUGGAAGCCCUGAAAGGCUUCUUAGUGCACGAGGGAAAGAAGUCACCCCGCCUGUCCUACCCCAUCGAAGAAAUCAGGGACGUUGUUCCUGACGUCUCUCUGGGCGGACCAGCCUUUUUCAAACUCUUAACCGUCAAGCACACGAUCAAAUUUAGAGCAGAGAACCCAAACGAGGCUCGCAGUUGGCGGGUUUUGAUCCGUGGAGCUCUGGACGCGUACCUGGAGAGCGGCGAGGAUGGACCGUCAGAGGAUUCUUCCUCACCAUGGAACUCUGGAAGUGCUGGCAACCUGCAUAGACUGAUUCAGCACCAGCUGAAAGAAGACGGCGCCUUACUGACUCACCUGUACACGGUUCAGUCAGAGAAGGGGCUGGACAGUCAAAGCUUCAAGUGUGCAGACUGCUCUCAGCAGAUCGGACCGUCGCUGGGCAGAGCCAGACUCUGUGAGUUCUCUGGUCAGUACUACUGCGACUCCUGCCACAUCAGGGACACCAGCAUCAUCCCAUCGCGAAUGUUGCACAACUGGGAUCUCAUUCCACGAGAGGUGUCAAAGAGAGCCGUGCGUGUCCUGGCCCACAUACAACAGGAGCCUCUGCUGAACCUGGAGCUGCUAAACCCAGAGCUGGUGAAGCAUUCAGAGUCCAUGGCUCAGGUCCACAGUCUGCGCAACCGGCUGCGUCUGCUGGGUGACUACCUGCUCACCUGCCGCAGUGGAGCAUACAAGCACCUCCAAAAAAAAAUGGAGAAGCGCACAUACCUGUUGGAGUCAAGUCACCUGUACAGCAUCAUGGAUCUACAGCAGAUUGCAGAAGGCCAAUAUUCCAACUUCCUGAUCACUCUGGUGCAGCACGCCUGUAAGCAUGUGCUGAACUGUGACCUGUGCUCUCAGCGGGGCUUCAUUUGUCAGAUUUGUCACUCAGAUGACAUCCUCUUCCCCUUCCAGUUUGAGAGCACCGUGAGGUGUAAAGAUUGUAAAGCCGUAUUCCACGCCGCCUGCAAAUCUGCGAGUCGCUCCUGUCCUCGCUGUCAGCGAAUGAAGAAAUACCUGGAGAGGGACCUGGAAGAUUGAGAGCUCCCGCUCAUCAGCUGACAGGAAGUCAAUUCCUGCUUUUACAAAAAAAAUAUAAAUACAUCUAUUUAACCUAAAGUGCAAUUAUUAGUGCAAUCAGCCUCCCCUGACUGAGAAAGCCUGAGCGCCACAGUAGCUGAGACCUUUGCACUAAUUUAGAAGCAAACAUUCUGACAUCAUGCAGCCAAAAGUUACUGAGCAGUGAUGUUUCUGAUUCAGCCACGGCUUCCAAACACGAACUGAAUCCAACACUUUUUGUACUCAUCCACCAACACUCUACAACAGCUCUCUGGUUGAGACCGUGCCUUCUCUUUGAUUUUUAGCUUUACUGUUUUCGUUCAUCACACUUUCAAAUGCAAUCGAUCAUUGUUUGUUUUGAAGAAUUAUGAUCAAAUGAAUGUUUGGAAUUUUACUCUGACAUUGUAGAAUGUUUUGGGAAAGUGAAAUUAGGGAUUGACGCAGGAGAAUGAAUAAUGUUAUUCUCCUCCUAAGAUGUGGUGCACUAACUGGGAUCUUAAGUUUGGAUGAAUAAAUUAAAAAAAUAUAUUAAAUUUAGAUUAUUUACAUUGUUCAGUUCAAACACAUUUUGCAUAUUUGCACUUGGUUCUGACUGUUAAAUAAAUAUUUCUGCCAGAAUUCAUUUUAGCACAUUAUCCUAACCUGAAAAGAAGCUAUUAGAUUUUCUGGUUGGGGAGUCUUUAUUGCAACAUUUUUGUCUUUCUUUGUCUUGACUUUUACUGAAUAAAUAUAAAUAAUAUCAAUACAUUUUUGGUUAAGGUGCCAAGAAUAAAAAUCUCUAGAUGUUUACUUCAAGAAUUCAGUUUGUUAAAUCCUGAACAUAUCAAAUUCAAGAGGAGAAUCCUGAAACGCUGUUAUAUCUGGUUUGUAUUUAUUUAACUUCAUCCUAUACAUAAACAACAAUUGUAAAUGAA